AUGAUUUUUCUUUUUUUAUUUUUGAGUUAUUGCACUUUAUUAUUGGCGGAUUCACAAAUUAUAAUGAAUCAAAAUGUAACAAAUGGCUAUUCUGGAAUGUUGACUAAAUUUUUGAUGGAAAAACAUGAAAAAUGUUCACCACCUGAUGGACUUGUUCAUAUAACUCAUAACAUUGAAUUGGUUCAAAUUAUUUCGCUGAAUGAAUUGAAUCAAAAUAUGCAAGUUGUUGUUUAUAUCACACAGGUAGAAAAACAUUUUUUGAGGAAAAAAGAUGGAGAAAAAAAUUUGGUUUUGUUUCAGAAAUGGAUUGAUAAGACAUUGACUUGGGUUCCUGAAGAAUAUGGAAAUAUUCGAACAACAUGGCUCCCAGAUAAUUCGAUAUGGAUUCCAGAUAUUAUUGUUUUCAAUACGUGAGUUUCAUUACAUAAAAUUCUGAAAUUUUUGAAUUAUUGCAACUCAACUCAAAUUUUAUUGCAACUCAAAAAAAUCAAAAUAAGAUUUGCUCCAAGCUUCCAAUCCCUGAAUGAAUUUGAAGCAAAACUAAACAGAAAAUUCUUGCCAUAUUUCUUCUAACCGGAACAAUUGCACAUCUGUUUUCUCCCGCAAAUAAAGAAAUUGAGGCAAUUUUGGUGAUAUGCCAAAUUUUUAUUAAAAAACAUAUAUCAUUUGCCCACAUUCACCAAAAUCAAGAUUACUCACAUUUUCUGUGAUUCAUUCCUUCAUUAAAUUCUUCAUGUGAAAAAAAAACUAUCACAUAGAUGAACUUAACACCAACAUCAAUAAAACGCAUUAAAAAUCGUGUACUUUUUUUCAUUUCAGACUCGAACACAAGGCACUUCUUUCCGCUGUUCGAUCACCGAUCAAAGUAUCAUCACUUGGAGAAGUCACAUUUGCUUUUCCAGCAAUUUAUACGGUUUUAUGUCCGAUUGGUGAGCAAAUGUGUUUUGAGAUAUGUACAAGAAAAAACCUUGGAACUUGAAAAUUGAUUUUGGUUUUUGAUAGCUUCCGAGAAUCAAGAACAGAUAUUUUCUCUCAAAAAUGUUGUUGAAAAGUUCUUGAAACACAAUUGGCUUCUAAAAGCCUUCAUAACUCGCUCCCCAGGCUUUAAGGUCUUUUUGAGAUCUAGAAGCCAAGUAUCCCCAACCUUACAUGAGUCUUCAAGUUUGAACAUAGAAAAAUCUUACAGGAAUUGCAAACUUCCCGUUUGAUGAUCAAGUCUGCAAGAUUAGGGUGAGUGGAGAAUUUUCGAAUUCAAUUAAUCCUAGUAUUCUUUCAGUUUGCAUCUUGGGCUUAUAGCGAGGACAAAAUUAUGCUGAAUGCAUCUCAUAAGCCACUUUUGAGAAAUUAUUCACCAAACGAGGAAUGGGCUUUGAAGGUUUGUUAGAACUUCUAAAAAUUAUCUAAAUAUUCAAAUAUAGGACGUGGACAUGGCUAGAAAAGAAUAUGAACAUGAAGAAACAAUUGUUUCCGAAAUUAUUUAUUAUAUCAAAGUUUCACGAAAACCAUUUUAUUAUUUGAUAAGUUUGGUGGUUCCGAGUUAUAUCAUUUGUGUUUUGUCAAUUGCCGGACUUUUUGCUAGAUUUUCAACAAGACAUGAGAGACAGGUAGAUUUUUGAAAAGAGGAGUAUUGAAUGAGGAGAGAAUUGUUUCAGGAAAAAUUCACGCUCGGAGUGACUGCAAUUUUGAGUAUGGCAGUUUUAUCGUUGGUUGUCACUGAAAAAGUUCCGCAUAGUUCAGAAAGUGUUCCAUUGUUAAGUGAGUAAAAAACACUUCCUGUCUGGAGAAAAUACGUCAUUUUCGGAAACUAAAAUACAAGUUUUAGAAAAUUUGGAAACCGUUAAUCUUUAUUUGAAGAACUUUUUUGAUGGUAAAAAACAAAAUAAACUAAUCUACAAAAUAGUAACUUAAUUUGAAUACUCCGGACAGAAGUUCUCUUUUUCCACGGAUAACAAACAUUUUUUCUAAUUCCAGUUGUCUACAUUCAUUUCAUUAUCAUUAUGGUAACGAUUGCAACAAUUUUAACAUCUACAGUAAUGCGUGUUCAUGCAAAGGUAUAAUUUCUUCACAAGUCCCAAGCCUCUUCUCAAUUUGUAAUUUCUAGGGUUUUCGAAAUGUGUUAUAUGGGCCUCCUGAAUGGAUGAGAAAAGUUUUGCUGAUUCGAAAAGCCGAAGCUGUUUUUGUGGAAGUUGAUGUCAGUUCAGUUUUCUUUGUAUUCCUCUCACAGAGAUAAAUUUAUGAUUUUUGUUUUAGGGCAAAUGGAAAAUUGAUAUUCAUACAACCGCCGAACAAUGGGGAGAGGUUUGAUUUACAUAUAAAUUGGAAUUGACAUGACUCUACUAUGUUUUCUUUUCAUAUUCAUUUCAGGUUUCUCGUCGUAUGGACUAUCUUCUCUCCGCAAUUUUUAUAUUUAUCAUAAGCACACCUACAGUAUACCUGUUCUAUCUAUGUUUUAAAUUGGAUCAUGCUUUGGGUGAAAGAUUGUUACUCGAAUCAGCAAAAAAACGUGAUUUAUACUAUUAUUAA